AUGACAACGGGUGAUAAUUUUGAGGAACAUUUGGUCAAAUUUGAGGGAAAAGAUGACUUAAGCAAUGAAGAUCAUGAACAUCUUGGUCAAUCAGUAACUCAGCAUUGCAAAUCCUAUGUGUUCACUCUAACUGAUGAAAGAAGUCGCGGUCGUAAAUUACGAAUCGUUGACACUCCCGGUAUUGGAGAUACACGUGGUUCCUCUCAAGAUGAUGCAAAUCUCCAACAUAUUUUAACAUAUAUUAAUAAUUUAACACACUUGAAUGCUAUAUGUAUCUUAUUAAAACCAAACAAUGCAAGACUUAAUGUUUUCUUUCGUUCAUGUUUUAUGCAGUUGAUCGAUAUGUUGAGUGAAAAUAUUUGUGACAAGAUCAUAUUUUGUUUCACCAAUUCACGUCCAGCAUUUUAUACACCAGGAAAUACGGCUACUCCACUCAAAGCUUUACUUCAAUCACUUCCAAUCAAAACGAUUUCUUUCAAACAAGAGAAUACGUUUUGUUUCGAUAGUGAAUCAUUUCGUUAUUUAGUGGCGAGACGUAAUAAAAUCGUUUUCAAUGAUAUUGAAGAACAAGUGUACUAUGAUAGCUGGCAGAAAUCUUCUAAGGAAUCUGGCCGUCUUAUUGCAUAUAUUCGUACCAAAAUAUCUACAGGCAUUGAUCCUAAUCAAUCGUACUCGGUGAAGCAAGCACAACUCAAAAUCUAUUUAAUGAGUCGACCUAUCUUAGAAUCAAUGCGAAAUAUUCUUCGCAAUAUUAUUUUGAGUAAUGUAUCAAAAUCACGCAAAGUUUCUUUAAAAUUAUAUCCGAAAACUAUCAGAAGUCCAAUAGCCAUUUGUUUAAAAUGUCCACGUGAGUCUAUUAAAAUAGCGGAAUUUUGGUUUACAAUGGAUAAAUUACAUGUCUUCAUUAAUAAUAAGUGUCGAACAUGUCAAUGUGAUCCAUCUGAUCACUAUCCAAUUGAUUAUGAGCUUGUAUAUAAACAAACUGAUGAUUUAUCAAGCAAAUCUGAGAAUGAUAUAAUGAACAUGCUUAAUGAUUUGUGUAAAACGAGUGCUGAAUUCGCUCAUUUCCUAUUGGAAUCAGGCGGCAGCUCAGAACACGAUCCAUUCUUGUUAGGCUGGAAAAGAAUGAUUCAAGAAGAAGAUGAUAUCUGUGCUAAGAAGUGUUCGUACGAGCUCAACUUUAAGCUGAUGCAGGAACUUCAACAACUCAAAGAUGGAUAUGAAAAAACAAAGAGAGAAAUGGCUCGCAGAAAAGAAUCCAUUGAACUAGUUGAUGUUUAUAAAAAAAUUGAGAAUAUGAGCAAAUGUGAAAUGAUAGAAUUACAAAUGGUUGCUAUUCGUGAAUGGCACAAAAAUAUGAUUAUAUACUAUGAAUAUGAAGUUCCAACGUGA